AAGCACAGAAUCUGAAACGCACAGACCUUAAAGAUGAUAAAUAUGGAUAUUUGCCGAGCUCUAAAUUAAACAAUAAAAUAAAAAUAGCACAAAAGGGAUUUUCCUUUUUUUUUGAACAAGAACGUGAUUCUUAAUUACUAGCAAAAUUCUAACCAAAAAACGUGAAGUGAUCUUCUUGUUUGUCAAAAGUUAAUGGUCACUUUUUGGGCUAUGCUACAUUGGUUGCACGCUGUAUAUUUAAGGUAAGUACAGACUCAACGAUUUACUAAAGGUAAGUAUAUACUAACUUAUUCUAACAAAAGAGACCAAAAUACAAAAUCGACAGAAACUCCCAAAUCAAGAAGAGAGAUUAAGUGGAUAAUGUUUAUUGAUAGGGAACCAAGCGCCAAAAUUAACAAAAUGAGUUAGUGCUGCCAUCUUAUAGUAAAAGGUCUAAUUUACGUUAUUUUAAAUAGUAGACCGUUAAAAUUUGACCCCAGGCGCCAUCUCUGAGACGCUGAACCAAGUGACGUCGGCAAAACAGGUGUUUCGGCUUUUAUCUAAACAGAUCCAAGCGACACACAUUUUUAUAGUAUUAUGAAAUGUCGCUUGGUUCCCUUUACACAUAUGUAGCUUAAUAAUUUGUGGUUUUUUGUGUGAAAAUGAGUGCAAGAUCAAAACUGAUUGUGUUAAAAGCACUUAACCAAAACUGUAAGGAGGAUAACUAUCCAGAUUUUUUAACGAAAAAGCCUAAGAUUACAUCUCCUAAGAAUCAUACCGAAGAUGAUAACCAAGAAAAUGAAACUCCUGAAAAAACAACAAAUUUGCGAUGUUCGCCUCAAGAGGGAGAUGAUCCAAUUGAAAGUCCAGCACCAGAUUUAGUUGGAAUAAAUUUAGAUUUAGAUCUCUUGGAAGAUGAUAAUUACGGAUUUACAAGUGAGUCAAUAUGUGAAACAUUCGAAGUUUUAGAAGAUGGAGAAUUAUAUGCAGUUUCAAACCAAUCUCAAACUUGUCCCAAAGAUUCCGUGCUUCCAAAUAAUUCCGAUACUACUACAACAGAAAACGAGGCUAAUGCAUUUUCCAGGCAUAUUUCUGAAGGUGCAUUGGACAAUAUAAAUAGACUUUUUUUUGGAGACUAUUCUAGAGAUGCAACAUCCAGCCCCUAUAGUUCGGGACAUAAUAGUGAGGAGAAUGACGACCAUGAGAAAAAUGACAGCGACUUCGUUCCAGAAGAAAUCGGUUCGGAGGAAAGUGAGCUUGAAGAUAUUAUAGAACAGAUAGAAGAGCAAAAUACGUCAAGUGAAAUCAUAGCUGAAACGGAAACUUGGAAAGGACGCCCAAAAAAAGGAAGAAAAAAUAAGUACCUAGGACAAACGUUUGCUACAAGAAAGAAAAUGCGAGACUUAAAUAAGAAACAUUAUAACGUUAAAGGAAAGUUAGUGCACAGCAAAAAAUUUGUUAAUUACCUUUGUAAAUGUCAAAAAAAGUGUCAUGAAAAAGUUUCAGAAGAAACAAGAAUGAAUUUGUUUCUUAAAUUUUGGGCUCUCGGUUCGUACGAUUCAUAAACAGGGUAUAUUGCCUCGACAGUAAAAGUAUCACCAGUAAAAAGAAAGCGUUCCAAAGAAGGGCCAGGCAAAACAUUUUCUAGGGUAUAUAUUUUACAAGAUACAGAAGUUUGUCAACAAAAGGGUCAAUACAGCGUUAACCAAAAUGAAACAAAACAGAAUGAAAGAUGAAAGAGGAAACAAGGGUAAAAAACCAAAAGUUUGCGAUGAAACUGUUCAGAAAAUUAUUAAUCAUGUAAAUAGUUUUCCUACUUACAUAUCUCAUUAUACUCGUAAUCAAACAGAUGCAAAAUUUCUAGCUCAUGAUUUAACAGAAAAAAAAAUGUACCAGAUUUAUAUUGAAGACGGCAAUCCAAUAAUUAGAUUUAGAUUUUUUAAACGUAUCUUUUAUAAAUACUUUAAUUUGAGAAGAAAACCGCCAGUAAAAGAUACAUGUAACAAAUGUGAUCUUUUUAAAAAUCAAUUGAAAAAUAUUACAAAUGAACAAACAAAAUUGUCAGUGCAAGCGGCUUAUAACGAGCAUCUUAAAAGUUGCUCGAAAACGAGCUAGUGCUGCUAGAGCUGAAAUGAAAAAAGAUUUUUCAAAGGCAACCACAAAUCCUCAUUAGGAGACACUUUCCUAUGACAUGCAAAAAGUUCUUGGAUUACCAAAGCUCCCUACAAAUUUGGUUUAUUAUAAAAGACAGUUAAGCAUUUUUAAUGAAGGUAUCCAUUGUGCAUCAACCAAUAUACCCUAUUCUUUUAUAUGGAGAGAGGGUAUUGCAGGCAGAGGAGCUCAAGAGGUCGGAUCAUGUUUAAAAAACUUUAUAGAUUUGCAUCCUAAAGAAAAUAUUAGAGAGCUAGUGCUGUGGUCCGAUAGUUGCGGAGGACAAAAUAGAAAUAUUAAGAUUGUACUACUUUUAAAAAAAAUUUUAGAGAAGUGUUGGGUGGCACUUCAGAAAAUUCAGCUUAAAUAUCUGGAGUCGGGCCACAGCUUUCUGAUAAAUGAUACAGAUUUUGGUUUAAUAGAGCGACCUCUAAAACAACAGGUGCGUAUCUAUACACUUAAUGAUUUUAAAAGUAUUAUUGAAGAUUGUAAAACAAAUAAUAAAUUUGUGGUUCAACAAAUGGAAUGUAAUGAUUUUUUUUCAAUCGAAGAUAUUGAAAAAAAAAUUACUAACAGAAAAUUAAGUGUUAAAAGUAAAAAGAUUAGUUGGCUAAAGACAAAAGCCAUUAGGUUAAUAAAAGAAAAGCAUUUUUCAAUUUUUUUCAAAUAUGAUCAUUCUGAAGAUAAUUGCUUCCAGGAAGUAGAUAUUUCAAAAACAACCAGAGGAAAAAAAACUAACCACCCAAAAUUUGAGGACCUUAAACGACUAUAUCCAAAUGGAAAGCCCAUUUCAAGCAAAAAGGCCGCUGAUAUAAAAAGUUUGUUGCGAUUUAUUCCUACAGAUGCUAAAGUUUUUUAUAAAGUUGAUGCAAUUAAGGAUUUUUUGGAUGAUAUUGAUGGGUUUAGUGAAGACGUAGACUUUGAAGUAGAGGAGGAUAAUUUAAAUUAGGCUAUUGUGUUUACUUAUGUUUUAAAUAUUUACUUAUAUUUUCUUACUUAUAAUAUUUACUUAUAUUUCUUCA